AUGGCGGGGCUGGAGAGCGCGCCCGCGGCCAGGCCGAGCCUGACCUCCAUCUCGUCGGGGGAGCUGCGCAGCCUGUGGACGUGCGACUGCGAGCUGGCCCUGCUGCCCCUGGGCCAGCUGCUGCGGCUGCAGCCCGGCGCGUUCCAGCUGCGCGGCGACCAGCUCGUGGUGCCCGCGCCCGCGGAGCCCGCCGCCGCGCGCGGGGGCUUCAACGUCUUCGGAGACGGGUUCGUGCGCCUCGACGGGCAGCUCUACAGUCUGAGCAGCUACAUGAAGAGAUAUGUGGAACUGACAAACUACUGCGAUUAUAAAGACUACAGGGAAACUAUAUUGAGCAAACCAAUGCUCUUCUUUGUUCAUGUACAGACGAAAAAGGACUCCUCGAAAGAAAGGACAUACGCAUUUCUCGUGAACACAAGGCAUCCCAAGAUAAGAAGACAAAUAGAGCAGGGAAUGGACAUGGUCAUUUCCUCAGUGAUUGGAGAAAGCUACCGGCUCCAGUUUGAUUUUCAAGAGGCAGUAAAGAAUUUUUUCCCUCCAGGAAACAAGGUUGUUAAUGGAGAAGAUUUGAGCUUUGCGUAUGAAUUCAAAGCCGAUGCAUUGUUUGAUUUCUUCUAUUGGUUUGGCCUCAGCAAUUCCACUGUAAAAGUGAAUGGAAAAGUUCUAAAUUUGUCAAGUACAAGCCCAGAAAAGAAGGAGACCAUUAAAUUAUUUCUGGAAAAAAUGAGUGAACCUUUAAUCCGAAGGAGCAGUUUUUCUGAUCGAAAAUUCAGUGUAACUUCUAGAGGUUCAAUAGAUGAAGUUUUUAACUGCAAUCUGUCACCCAGAUCAUCUCUGAUGGAGCCUCUUGUGGUGGAAUUGCCAUUUCCAUGCGUUCUGGAAUCUGAGGAGACACCAAACCCGUUUAUCUGA